GGGAUGAGAGAGGAGCGAGGCCCAGCUCUCUCGCUAUUUUUCUUUGCCGCUUUGAGAGUUCUCAUCUUCCAGCACUGACUGCCCUCUGUGGCUGACUUCUUUCUCUACCUUCCCCCUUCCCCAGGCUAAAGGGCCCACAGGGACUGGCAGGGAGGAAGGCUGAGCGGCUGUACUGUGGGCAUGCCUAUUCCUUUCCCUUCCCCCUUCCCUUAGCAGCAACGUCACCGCAGCACCAGAGGCAGCAGCAGCGGCAAGGAUACUGGGGCUGGGAUUGCGCAGCCUCCCUGCAUUAGCAACGAUGCCAUUGUAUUAGCAGAAAUCCGAUCUUAGGAAAUCAGCCCAGUUCCCCCUGUGUGGUCCUGUGGAACAGUGCCUCAGCUUGAACUGUCAAGAUAGAGCUUGGUCGGAGUGCAAAAGGAACAGAAGCCUCCAGAUACAGCUAAGGCUCCUUACAGAGCCUUGUGGCUCAGUUUAGCCUCUCUGAUUUCUGCCUUUCUGCAUAUCUACUCCUUACCUCAAUCAACACACAAAGGCUUGGGAAGUCCAACAGAGGAGCCUUCCUCUCAGAAAGGAAAGGAGGAAGAAAGAAGGUACCAAGCUCUCCUGAUGAAAUGUGUUCUGCCCCACUGGGCUCCGGGGGCAGUGUCUGGUGCUGUUGAUGCCCUUGUUCGAACUUUCCAGAAUGGAUAGUCCCCCAAAGCUGACUGGAGAGACCCUCAUCGUCCACCACAUCCCCCUGGUACACUGUCAAGUCCCAGACAGGCAAUGCUGCGGAGGGGCAAGUGCAGGUAGCGGGAGCACAAGACCCAAUCCCUUCUGCCCACCUGAGCUGGGCAUCAUCACCCAGCCUGAUCAAGACCUGGGACAAGCCGACUCCCUGCUAUACAACAGUCUGCAUUCUGCUCCCGGGGGAUCUGCGCGAUCUGCAGACAGCACCAAGAACAGAGGUCGGGAUGGAAGAGGCCCCGGGGCCCCUAAACGACACAAUCCCUUUUUGCUACAAGAGGGUAUUGCUGAGCCAGGACUUGGUGACCUGUAUGAUGACAGCAUUGGUGAUAGUGCCACCCAGCAGUCCUUCCACCUGCACGGGGCUGGCCAGCCCACCUUCCAUCCCUCCUCUUUGCAGCUGCCACCACCUGGCCCCAGAGUGGGCAGGCCAUGGGAGGCAACACAUAGUCGGGCUGGAGUGGUGGAGGGGCAGGAACAGGAGCCAGUGACCACCUUGGAUGCCCAGCAGUGCAGCAGUAGCCACAGCUGCCGGCCAGAGCCGGAAGCAGAGACCAUGGAGCUGGAUGAGUACGGGGGCCCUGGUGGGAGUGGCAGCGGGGGUGGAGCCAGUGAUACCUCUGGCUUUUCCUUCGACCAGGAGUGGAAGCUCAGUUCAGAUGAAUCCCCAAGGAACCCCAGAUGCUCAGGCUCAGGACCCCAGCACUGCCGCUGCAGCAGCACAUCCAGUCAGUCCGAGGCGGCUGACCAGUCCAUGGGCUAUGUGAGCGACUCCUCCUGCAACAGCUCAGACGGAGUGCUGGUCACCUUCAGCACCCUCUACAACAAGAUGCACGGGAACUCCCAUGCCAAUCUCAACUCUGCCCCGCAAUCUUGCAGCGACUCUUCCUUCUGCAGCCACUCAGACCCCAGCGCCUUCUACCUGGACCUGCAGCCCUCCCCAGCAGAGUCUAAGAUGUCUUGUGAGUCCCACCACCCUGACAGUGGAGGGAGGGAAGGUGGCUAUGGUUGUCCUCAUGCCUCGUCUCCUGAGCUUGAUGCCAACUGCAACUCCUACCGCUCGCACUGUGAGCCCUGCCCAGCUGUGGCUGACCUCACAGCCUGCUUCCAGAGCCAGGCCCGUCUUGUUGUGGCCACACAGAAUUACUAUAAACUUGUCACCUGUGACCUGUCCUCCCAAUCAUCCCCAAGCCCAGCUGGCUCUUCCAUCACCAGCUGCUCAGAGGAACACACCAAGAUAAGUCCUGCGCCAGGCCCUGGCCCAGACCCUGGCCCUAGCCAGCCCUCUGAGUAUUACCUGUUCCAGAAGCCAGAAGUCCAGCCAGAGGAACAAGAAGCAGUGGGCUCCGAAGUGGAAGCACCUGCUCCCGUGGGCCCCACUGUGAUCGAGGGACAGGUGUACACUAAUACUUCACCCCCCAACCUCAGCACUGGACGUCAGCGCUCUCGAAGCUACGACCGCGGCCUAGAGCGCAGCCCUCCUAUCCGCCUGGGCUCACUGGAACGCAUGUUGAGUUGCCCAGUACGCCUGAGUGAGGGCCCUGCAGCCCUGACUGGGCCUAGUUCCCCACCUCGGCGUGUCACCUCCUUUGCUGAACUCGCCAAGGGCCGGAAGAAAGCUGCAGGCUCUGGCUCCCCCCCACUGCGAGUGAGCACUGGGGACUCCUCCCAGGAGUUCUCACCCAUCCAGGAAGCCCAGCAAGACAGGGUGGGCCCAUUAGAUGAGGGCACUCACUGUAGCCAUAGCCUACCACCCAUGCCCUUGGGGCCAGGCCUGGACCUAGUUGGCCCAGAGCCCUGGUCCACCCAGGUCUGUCAGGGCCUCCAGUCCAGUGAGAUGCCACCUGCUGGCCUCAGAGCUGCUGGGCAAGGCCCCCUGGCCCAGCUGAUGGAUCCAGGGCCUGCUCUCCCAGGGAGCCCAGCCAGCAGCCAUACCCAGAGGGAUGCAAGAGCUAGAGCUGACGGGGGUGGUGCUGAGAGCCGACCAGUCCUUCGCUACAGCAAGGAGCAGAGGCCAACCACGCUGCCCAUCCAGCCCUUCGUGUUCCAGCACCACUUCCCCAAGCAGCUGGCCAAGUCCCGGGCCCUCCACAGCCUCUCCCAGCUCUACAGCCUCUCGGGCUGCACCCGUGCACCGCAGCGUGCCCCCCUGGCUGCCCCCGCUGCUCAGGUCCCAGCGCACGCUCCUUCAGGGGAGCCUCAGGCAUCCAGCAGCGGAGGUGCCAGGAAAGCUGGGCCUGAGCCACAAACCUCACGGCCGUCACCCCUGGGCAGCUACUCCCCCAUCCGGAGUGCCGGCCCCUUUGGGCCCAGCACCGACUCUUCUGCCUCCACUUCGUGCUCCCCUCCCCCAGAGCAGACCACAGCCACAGAAAGCCCACCUCCAUGGGGCCGCUCCUGUCCUCCUGCUGUCCGGCCUGCCGCCUCCCAGCAGCCACAAAAGGAGCAUCAGAAGAUACUGACCUUGGCUGAGUACCGACUCCAUGGAACAGGAAGCUUGCCUCCUCUGGGCUCCUGGAGAUCUAGCCUCAGCCGGGCAGAGAGCCUGUCCCGGGGAGGUGGUGAGGGCAGCAUGGCUUCCAGGCCCAAUAAUGCCAACCAUCUAUCCCCUCAAGCACUCAAGUGGAGGGAAUACAGGAGGAAGAACCCUCUAGGGCCACCUGGUUUGUCAGGGAGCCUAGACCGAAGGCCACAGGAUGGUCGACUGGCCCGAAGGAACCCCAUCUUUGAGUUCCCUGGCUCCCUCAGUGCUGCUGGCCAUCUGAACUGCCGGCUGAAUGGUCAAGUAGUGAAGCCGUUGCCACUGACCUGCCCUGACUUCCAAGACCCCUUUUCCUUGACUGAGAAGCCUCCAGCUGAGUUCUGUCUGUCCCCAGAUGGCAACUCAGAGGCCGUUUCCAUUGACCUUCUUCAGAAAAAAGGGCUGGUGAAAGCUAUUAACACGGCUGUAGACCUCAUUGUGGCCCAUUUUGGCACAAGCCGGGAUCCUGGGGUAAAGGCAAAGCUGGGGAAUAGUUCUGUGAGCCCCAAUGUAGGCCACCUGGUUCUGAAGUACUUGUGCCCUGCGGUCCGGGCGGUGUUGGAGGACGGGCUCAAGGCCUUUGUGCUGGAUGUCAUCAUCGGGCAGCGGAAGAACACCCCGUGGAGUGUGGUUGAGGCUUCCACACAGCUAGGCCCAUCCACCAAGGUUUUGCACGGCCUGUACAACAAAGUCAGCCAAUUCCCAGAGCUCACCAGUCAUACCAUGCGCUUCAACGCCUUCAUCCUCGGCCUGCUCAACAUCCGGUCCCUGGAGUUCUGGUUUAAUCACCUCUAUAACCAUGAAGAUAUCAUCCAGACCCACUACCAGCCGUGGGGUUUCCUGAACGCGGCGCAUACGGUGUGCCCUGGCCUCCUGGAGGAACUGCUGCUGCUGCUCCAGCCCCUGGCCCUCCUGCCCUUCAGCCUCGACCUACUGUUCCAGCACCGGCUGUUGCAGAGUGGGCAGCGGCAGCGGCAGCACAAGGAGCUGCUGCGGGUGUCCCAGGACUUGCUGCUGUCCGCCCACUCGACACUGCAGCUGGCCCGCUCCCGGGGCCAGGAGGGCCCUGGAGACAUGGACGGGGCAGCCCGUGGGGAGCGGGUGAAGGGUGUGGGUGCCCCAGAAGGUGGAGAAGAUGAGGAAGAAGAGAAGGAGACAGAGGCAGCUGAGAGCUCAGGGCGUGGCAGGUGGGCCCGAAGUGGGCAGGCUGGCUGGUGGUACCAGCUCAUGCAGAGCUCCCAGGUCUACAUCGAUGGCUCCGCUGAGGGCUCUAGGUUCCCCCGGGGUGGCAGCAAUAGCAGCAGUGGCAGCAGCAGUGAGAAAAAGAAAGGGACAGGAGGUGGGGGGCCACCCCCCCGAGAGGGAGUCGUGGAGGGAGCUGAGGCCUGCCCUGCCCCUGAGGAGACCCUUGGCCGGGAGAGGGGCUGGCCCUUCUGGAUGGGGAGCCCCCCUGAUUCUGUACUGGCUGAGCUGAGGCGCAGCCGGGAGAGGGAGGGGCCCACUGCCCCCCCAGCAGAAAAUGAGGAAGGAGCCUUAGAGCCUUCACCCGGGGUCAUCAAGUGGGGACACCUCUUCGGGUCCCGAAAGGUUCAGCGGGAGGCCCGGCCCACAAACAGGCUACCCUCGGACUGGCUCAGCCUGGACAAGUCCAUGUUCCAGCUAGUGGCGCAAACAGUGGGUGCCCGCCGGGAGCCAGAGCCCAAGGAGGGCCUGCAGGAACCACAGUCUCCAGCCCUGCCUUCCAGCACUCCAUGCGAGGUGAAGGCACUGUGCCACCAUCUGGCCACAGGCCCUGGACAGCUGAGCUUCCACAAGGGAGACAUCCUGCGGGUGCUGGGGCCAGCCGGAAGAGACUGGCUGCGCUGCAGCCGUGGCCCUGACACUGGCCUGGUGCCUCUGGCCUAUGUGACUUUGACCCCAACUCCAAGUCCAACCCCUGGGAGCAGCCAAAACUGAGGCCCUGUGCAUGCUGGUGGCCUCAGGGACCCUCACAACCCCUAGACUCGUAGCCUGAGAGCCCUUCCCAAGCCCUCUGGCCUGGUUACAGAGAGUAGACCGAGAGCUGGGGGCCACAUACCCCUGUGCUCAGUAUCAAUUACUCCCCCUUAACUGUCCCAGUGACCUCGUCCAGAUCUCCCCCCAGGAAAGGAGGGAAGGGACGCAGCACUGGGCUGCCAGAAUUUCCCCCGCCUAUCUUGGCCAGCCCUCCCAUGGGUACAGACAGGCAUGUCCCUGUGGAGGGAGGUGACCAGAAGGCCCGUUUGUGGGGGUCCCUAGGCCAGGUGGUGAGAAGGAUGGGUGACAGUAUUGGGGCCAGUUCCCUGAGCCCCCAGCUUUAAGUAGGCUGUGGCCAGUGCCUGGUGGUCAGAGGAGGGAGGAGGAGCCCAGGCUCUGUUUAUGUAUUUAUUUAUUUAUUUAUUACACCUAUUAAUAAAAAAGGUGCUCGGCCUCCAAA